AAGCAACGGACUGAAAGCGAGCGUGAUUGAUUUUUUGAGAAUUUCUUCAAAUCAUGUAUUGAAUGGUAUCAGAAACAUAUUCUUACUAAAAGAACAAUAUAUCCCGAGCUUAUCUAUGUGCUAAUUUUUGAAGUGCGUUUCUGUUUUGACCGAGAAAAUGAAGGAUCCGUUUGCGUCUGAUGCCGUCGAUUCUCCAGCUCAUAGUCUGAAGAAUAUCGAUGGUUGUUACAAUAAAAACUUAUUUAAAACUAAGUCCUUUGCUAAUUCCCGUCGUGCCUUACAAUCGGGGGCGGAUAAGAUUUCCAGAACUUGUAGGAGCAUCAGAAACACCUUCGGAAAUUUGUCACAGCAUUUCAGGCUGGGAGGCAGGCGGCGUCACCGGCUGACAGAGACUGGGUCUCCGUGCCGAGUCCCAACUACACCGGUAGCCAAAAAGAAAUCGAUAUUAGCUAGAAGCCCAACCAAGCUGUACAGUCCGUUUGGCAUCGAAACUCCUCACAACCGGGACUUCAGGAUGUCUCCGUACAUGCCUGAUACACCUGAUCAUGGAUUGUCGCCCAAAAGACGCAAAGGGCUGACGCAACCAUGGCACCUCCUAGCCAAGAAGAGACCCCGAGCCCUGUUCCACUGAACUAGUCCCUUAUACACGCACAAUGUAUCCCACCGCUUAAUGUAAGGUUAGCUUUCGUAAUUAUUAUUGUAAUCGGUAAACGACACUUACAGCGAAGAAAUAUUUGAUAAAGGUUUUUUUAGUGCAGUCGACAGCACAUUUGAUUAUACAUUUUUGUUGAAAUAAUACA